ACAGCUCGCUACACAGAUGAAUGACGCCGACGCGCAGAAGCUGGAGCAGAGGGGAAUUAAAGGACUCGUUUAGUUUUAUUUUAUUUUACUUAAAGCCCCUAGCCGUAUUGUUUGCUACGUUUUUCUUUUAAAUUAUUUCUUUCUAACAGCCAGUAGAAAGCCUUUUCUACUGACUGUUUUCAUUCUCGGUGUGGUCCAAACGUUCGGGUCCCUCUCACGCGACGUCAACCUAGUUCCACAUAGCAGAGGUAGCAACACUACAAGUUUGCCACAAGACUCCAGUGGACGUCUUUACCCUUGGGGUCCUGGUUGGAGGGCCAAUCAUGUUGCAACACUGAGACAACCCCCUACCUUCCUUCCUCCCUCCCUCCCCCCGGCCUGCUGCCUCCCCCGCCGCUCCACCCCUCACCCCCCAGGCUGUGCUAUGGAAUGCCCUCCCCCCCCUGCCCGGCCCAGACCCGCAGUGUAGGACCAGCACAGCCCAGCACAACAGGGACACAGCCCACUGCUGUUGUCUGAAUAAGCUACGCCUGGGUGCCCUCCCUCCCCCCUCCCCUCCCCCCUGAAAUGAUGUCCAUGAGCUUGGCAGAACACACCCAGGCUGAGGGGGAGAGUGGACAGCUGGAUGACCCAGCAGCCAGCACAGACCAGCCCUCUCCCCAGCCUCAGAUCCAGCCUCAGCCUCAGCCCCAGCCCUCCCCCCAGCCCCAGCCUCAGAUCCAGCCCCAGGGCAAGGAGAGCACCAUGGGGGAGGGAAUAGAGGCUGAAGACUGCUCUGCACAAGACUCCCAGAGGCGGACUUCAAACCAUGGCCACACUAGAAAACGAGCCAAGUCCAACGCCAAGCUGAAGCUGGUGAGGAGCCUUGCGGUGUGUGAAGAAUCCUCAGGACCCUUCUCCAUAGACGGACCUUCCGACACCCAGGACAUCAUCCAACUGCAUAUCAGCUGUCCGUCUGACAAGGAGGAAGAGAAGUCCUCCAAGGACGAGUAUGAGAACGAGGAGAAGAACAAGGACAGGGCUCCUCGCAAGAUGCUGUCCCGCGACUCCAGUCAGGAGUACACAGACUCCACCGGCAUCGACGUGCACGAGUUUCUGGUCAACACACUGAAAAACAACCCCAGGGAUCGAAUGAUGCUGCUCAAACUAGAACAAGAUAUCCUGGAGUUCAUUAAUGACGACAAUAACCAGUACAAGAAGUUCCCCCAGAUGACAUCGUACCACCGCAUGCUGCUGCACCGCGUGGCCGCCUACUUUGGCAUGGAUCACAACGUAGACCAGACCGGCAAGGCCGUCAUCAUCAACAAGACAGGAAACACACGCAUCCCGGAGCAGAGGUUUUCAGAGCACAUCAAGGAUGAGAGGAACAUGGAUUUCCAGAAAAAGUUCAUCCUGAAGAGGGAUGACGCCAGCAUGGACAAGGACGAUAAUCAGAUCCGCGUGCCUUUGCAGGACGGGAGGCGCAGCAAGUCCAUCGAGGAGCGCGAAGAGGAGUACCAGAGGGUACGGGACCGCAUCUUCGCCAGGGAGUCCUCUCAGAAUGGAUACAUCAACGACAACAGCAGACUGUCCACUGAAGGCUACACCUCUAGCUCUCAAAAGAGGAGGCAGAUGUUUAGGGGUAACCGUGAAAGCUCCAGCCGUGCGUCGAGCAGUCGGCAGAGCAGCGUGGACAGCGACGUGAAGAGCCUGGACCCUCGCCCCUGGAGCAGCACCGACUCUGACAGCUCCAGCCGCACCCUGCGGCCCCCCGUCACCAAGGCCUCCAGCUUCUCAGGCAUCUCCAUCCUCACCCGGGGAGACAGUCUGGGGAGCAGGGGGGGGGGAGGGCGCUCUGGUAAGGAGGGGAGCAGGGGGGGGGCCCCAGACCAGUGUCCCCAGGCCCCAGCCCCCCAGCAGGGACGCAGCCUGCUGCCCUGCCCCCCCCAGGCCCCCCAGGCCCCCCAGGCCCCCCAGCCCCAGACUGCUCUGCUGCCCACACCCCCGCAGCACCCCAUGGGAAACCAUAUGCUGGCUCAGCCGGUGGUGACUCUGCAGUCCACCCAGCCUGUCUCGUACUCCAGCCCAUCCUGCCCCCAGGUCCUCCUGCCGGUCUCCCCUUCCCAGCAGUACUCCAUGGGUGAGGACCUAGCCCCUCCCUUCACCCAGAUGACCCUCAGUCGUCAGGGCUCCAGUGAGAACCCGGAGACGGCCCCCAUGUACCAGGCCGUCCCCAGCGUGCUGCCCCAGCACCCCCCUCCCCAGACAGGCUACAUCAUGACCCCGGGGGGCCAGCCCCUGGCCCCGCCGUCUGGCUACCAGCCCGCCUCGGGGCACCCUCCACCGCCCCCCCCUCCCCCCUCCCAGCCUGUCAUGCAAGCCCCGCCCCCCACCCAGGGAUACAUGCAGGCUCCGCCCCCUCAGCAGAUCCAGGUAUCAUAUUACCCUCCAGGGCAGUUCCCCAACACAGGCCAACAGUACCCCUCCUCUGGCCAACAGUACCCCAACACUGGGCAACAAUACCCCAACACGGGGCAACAGUACCAGUCGUCGGGGCAACAGUACCAGUCGUCAGGGCAACAGUACCAGUCGACGGGGCAACAGUACCAGUCGUCGGGGCAACAGUACCGGCCAAUGACGCACCAAGUGACCUACCCUGCCCAGCGCUCCCAGCCCAUGGCCCAGGCCAGCCCGCAGUCAGGGCUCCAGGCCAUGCUCCCCCCACCGCAGCCAGGCUACCAAGGCAUCCUGGGGGUGCAACAGCCCCAGAACCCCCCUCUGCUCAGCUCCCAGAGGCCUGGCAUGGGAGCACAGAUGCAGGGCAUGAUGGUCCAGUACCCUCCCAUGCCCUCCUAUCAGGUGCCCAGUGAGCCCCAGCAGGUGGUCCAGCAGCAGUUCCAGCCCCCCGUCAUGGUGCCAGUCAGCCAGGCUGUACAGGGGCCCCUCUCUGGGGGGGCCAUGCCUGUCUACUACAGCGUCAUCCCCCCCUCCCAGCAGAGCAGCACAAGUCCCACGGUGGGGUACCUGCAGUCCCCCAGUUCUGAACAGUACCAGAUGACCCCCUCCCCUUCCCCCUGCAACCCUCAACAGAUGCAGCAGCAAUACUCAGGAGUGCCAGCCCCAGGGCCUGGUGUGAUGGUGAUGCAGCUCAGUGUCCCUAACGGGCCACCCCCUUCCCAGAACCCCCCCAUGGUGCAGUGGAAUCCCUGCAAGUACUACAGUCUGGAGCAGAGAGCCAGCAAGCCUGCAGAACAGCAGGCCAGUCCCCAGAUGAACAGCCCCCUGGCCUCCCCUGCCCAGUCUCCCACCCCCUCCCCCUCCAGCAGUGUCCCGGGCCUAGGGCCCCUCCCACUCAUCCCCCAGUUCCCACGGCCUGGGGGCCCCGCACAAGGUGAUGGUCGUUACUCUCUGCUAGGUCAGCCCCUCCAGUACAGCCUGUGCCCUCCUCCCUUGAUGCUCAACCAAUCAGCUUACAACUCCCACCAGAGCCAGGUGGUGAUGAAGCAUGGGAGGGGGAAAAGGCAGACCCUCAAAUCUGCCUCCACAGAUCUGGGGACCACUGACGUAGUGGUGAGCCGGGUGCUGGAGGUGACAGACCUGCCGGAGGGCAUCUCUCGUCCAGAAGCUGAGAAGCUCAUCCAGCAGCUAUCUCUCUGCGGGGCCCAGAUCCAGUGGCUGAGGGACCCCCAGGGGGGCCGGGGGGCUGGGGGGGGCCGGGGGGAUGGGGGCGACCCUGCCCACCUGUACACAGUGGUGGCUGUGUUUCCCAGCACCAUGGCCGCUCAGAGUGCUUCCUUCAAACUCAACAACAGCGGUGGCGGCCUUUUCAAACUGAGAGCUGCCAAGCAGAACUAUGACCUGCGGGUCCUGGAGAGAGCCAGCUCUCAGUGAGGAGGGGGUGGGGGGGAGGGGCGGGAGGAGAGGAGGAGGAGAAGGAGGAGGAGGAGGAGGAGGAGGAGGAGUUGAGCCGUGGCGCUGGAGUCGGUCUGCUAAUCUACCGUUCUUUUGUGUGUUUCUGUUUCUUUUGUAUUUGUACCUACAGAGCACAAGACACGGAAGCAUGUGUUUCACUGUUGCUAACACACACAGAUACACACACACACACACACACACACACUUCCAUUCACACAGAUACACACACACACAGAUACAGGCAUACACAGACGCACACCUCCAUACACACUCAUGGAUAGUCCCAUACACGCAUACACACACACAUGCAUACACACACACACGCAUAAUCCCCCCCCACACACACAGCCAGGCAACAGGUUCACGUAGCACAUACAAGAACACACCGGACAGUCAACCUCCAGCAAAUUCUCCCAUUCUCUCACCUCCCCUCCUCUCCUCCUCUCUUGUUCAUGCUUUUUCCUCCUCGUCGAUCCCCUCCGUAUCUCACUUAUUUAUAACCUUUCAUACGCGCUCUAGCUCUGCCUCUCUCGCCUUCCUCCAUUCCUUUCUUUCACUUUCUUUCUUUCUCUGUCUCUCUCUCUCUCUCUCUCCCUCUGCCAUGUCUGCUGCUUUUCCUGGGGUGACCCUCCUCCUAGCGUCUGUUUGCUUGUCUGCUGUUGUGGGUUGCUGUAUCUCUCAGUUCCUCUCUGAAGAGUAAUGUUCAUUUUCGGUUCGAUAUAUUUAUAUAAGUGACGUAAGGAAUAAAAUAAAUCUAUAUAUUCAGUGAUUUUUUCAGUGGAUAAGUUUAGGCCCCAUGACCCCAUGACCCCCUGAUCCCUUCACUCCCUCUCCCCCCUCCCCCCUACUCCCUCCCCCCCAUCCUCCCCCCCCCCACCCUCCCUAGUUCCCCUCUCCCCCACCCUCCCCCCUACUCCCUCUCCUAGUUGUGAUUUUGUUGACAGCUGUGCACAAUGUAUCAGAUGUAGUUAAGAGAGCACUAUGAUUGCAUAUGUCUACUGUACAUUUUAUUUAAUCUGUUAUUUUUUUUGUUUGUUUUUAAAAACAUAAAAGUGGAAAAAAAACUGC